CUGACCGAGGAGCAAAAAAAAUACGCGGAGGAGCACGCUUUGAAGAAAGCCAAGAAGGAGAGGGGCGACAAGGAGGAGGUGGAGGAGAAGAGCACGUUCCACGGGAAGCAAGAGAAGGACUAUCAGGGCCGGUCCUGGAUUGCUCCUCCUAAAGACUCCCUUAAUCCCGUGCCGCCCACGCACUGCUAUAUUCCCAAGCGGUGGAUCCACACGUGGAGCGGGCAUACUAAGGGCGUCAGUGCUAUCCGGUUCUUCCCCAAGUACGGCCAUCUGCUGCUGUCGGCAUCAAUGGACACCAAGAUCAAGAUCUGGGACGUACCCAACACGCAGAAGUGCAUGCGCACAUACAUGGGUCACUCCAAGGCUGUUCGAGACAUCUGUUUCGCGAACGACGGGCUGAAAUUCGUCUCGUGCGGUUACGACCGUAACAUCAAGCUCUGGGACACCGAGACCGGGCAGGUCACGGGGACGUUUUCCACGGGUAAAAUACCCUAUGUGGUGAAAUUACACCCGGACGACGACAAGCAGAACAUUUUGCUGGCCGGGAUGAGCGACAAGAAGAUCAUGCAGUGGGACACGCGGUCAGGGGAAAUUACCCAGGAAUAUGACCAGCAUUUGGGCGCAGUCAAUACAAUUACGUUUCUGGAUGACAACAGGCGGUUUGUAACGAGCAGCGACGACAAAUCGCUGCGUGUGUGGGAGUUUGGAAUCCCCGUUGUCGUCAAGUAUAUCAGUGAGCCGCACAUGCACUCCAUGCCUGCAAUAGCAGUGCAUCCCAACAAGGCUUGGGUGGCAGCUCAAUCCUUGGACAACCAGAUCAUCGUGUAUGGUGCAAAGGACCGAUUCCGACUCAACAGGAAGAAGCGGUUCGCAGGACACAUCAUUGCUGGAUACGCCUGCCAGGUCAACUUCUCUCCAGAUGGCCGGUUCAUAAUGUCGGGCGACGGAGAGGGCAAGCUGUGGUUCUGGGACUGGAAGACAUGCAAGGUGUUCCGUACAGUCAAGUGCCACGACUCCGUGUGCAUUGGGUGCGAGUGGCAUCCCCUAGAGACCAGCAAGGUCGCCACAUGCGGCUGGGACGGACUCAUCAAGUACUG